AACAAAUUUAUGCUUGACGAACGUGUGUUUUUGCGAGUCCUUGUGUCAGUGAUUUUUUUCCACUACACCUAAGUAAUUCAGUCAUUUCUCAACGUUAGUACAAACGUUUGGCAAAAGUUGGUGUACGUUCGUCAUGUUGGCCUCACUGAUAAAGAAAUUGCGACCUGCGUUGACACAGGCUCAGAUGCUGUCGGGUCCGCCGUGUAGACACAGGAUACAGAGCCGUUCGUAUGCAGCACAGUCAGCCACUUUUCACUUACUUCAAGACCAUCUUGUGCUCAGCUAUGGAGGGACGUCGAUGCAUUUUAACUACGUGUGGCUGCGGGAUCACUGCCGCUCUGCCUCCUCAUACAACUCGGAGACCAACCAGAGAAACGUGGACACUGGGAGUAUUGACCUCACUAUCCGCCCUGACGACGCAAGUGUGCAUGAUGACCACCUCGUCCUCUUAUGGCCAGGCGGUCAGGUGUCCAAGUACAGCCUUAGCUGGCUGGCUGAGAACAGCUAUGAAAGAAAGAAGCAGAGCUCCGUCCAGCCACGCAUCCUUUGGAAUUCAGACAUCUAUAAAAAUGCAAAUGUACCGUCUGCCAAAUGGGACACGUUUAUGAGCAGUGACGAUGAAUUAAAGAAGUUUCUUCAAAACUAUCUGCUGUAUGGGAUUGCUUUUGUAGAAGAUGUCCCAGCGACAGUUGAGGCCACAGAGGCAGUUAGCCAGAGGGUCAGUCUCAUCAGGAAGACUACUUAUGGAGGAAUGUGGUCUUUAACUGCAGAUUUUUCCAGAGGAGACACUGCUUACAGCCAAGUGGGUCUGGACCGUCACACUGACACCUCAUACUUUCAGGAACCAUGUGGAAUCCAAGUUUUCCACUGUCUCAAACAUGAGGGAGCUGGGGGCAGAACGUUACUUGUGGAUGGUUUCUACGCUGCUGAAAAAGUACGUGAGCAGUCUCCUGAAAACUUUGAGCAGCUCGCCCGUGUGCCCAUCAAGCACGAGUACCUUGAAAACACUGACACCCAUCGAAACCACAUGAUAGGCAUCGGCCCUGUGCUCAACGUCUAUCCUUGGAACAAUGAAAUCUACCUGAUCCGAUACAACAACUACGACCGAUCAGUGAUAAACACAGUCCCUCAUGACGUUGUUCAGCGAUGGUACGUGGCACAUCGAGAGUUGACAACAGAACUAAGGCGGCCAGAGAACGAGCUGUGGGUGAAACUGACUCCAGGGAAAGUGAUUUUCAUAGACAACUGGCGUGUCAUGCAUGGGAGGGAGUCUUUCACCGGCCUGAGACAGCUCUGUGGAUGUUAUCUGACCAGAGAUGAUGUCCUCAGCUCUGCACGCUCCUUCGGCCUGCGGGCUUGAUCCUGAAAUGAAUUUCCCCUUACUUCUGUGCCUUAUCGAUUAGUAUUCAAAGCCCUUAACAUUUUAGUCAUUCUGUUCUGUUACAGCCUCACGCUAAAAUAAUUUUAAGUUAUUUUUCCCACAAACUCAAUACCCCAUAAGGUCAAUGCAAAAACAGUUCACAGUUUAAACCUUGUUGUCCGCAGCCUCAUGUCAGAACUAUUUUUCUUUGUACUGCACCGUUGGUCUGAAAACCUGCUAGACACGGAUAUUUUCACAGCUUUCAUGUUUCCAGAUAGAAAAAGAAUGACUGGCAUGCGCUAUAACUCUGUCACCUCAAAUGUCUUUUCUAUUAGUUGUCAUAUAUACUGAUCGCCAUCAUUGCUUGUUUUGUGGGAUUUAAUGUCAAUUGAGCAAAUAAAAAAACUAAAAGAAAUCACAGGCGUGUGUGGUUUCUCUCAGAUGAUAAAUGGACCAACUAGAAUAAAUGGAUCAAGUAAAAUCCAGCUUGUAUUUUCCAGUAAACCAAAGAGAAUCAUUAAAACUUUUAAUUUUAUUACAGGAAUUUCGUACCGUAACUUGUUAUUCAUUGACUGGGAAUUAUGUAAGAGAUGGAAAGAUGUGGCCAAAUUUGACAGUGAACUGAAACAUUCAGGUUGGGUUAGGCUAAAUGAUAUUGAAGAAAUGAAUGUGUUUUCUAAUUAUGUCAAAGACAAAAUUUUCAUGUAAUCAUGUAACACUCUCUGAAAGGUAAAACUAUCCUGGUUGACAACAUAUUUGACCUUUGAUAAGUAAGAGAUUAUCUGUUUAAAAGGGCGUUGAGCAAGUGUAGUAAAUGAACUAAGGAAGACUAAAGCAAACUUUCAGUCACCUUUGUACUGAUAUGAAGCCAAAGAAUGUGUUUAGUCAAUGUUGGUACUGUCUGUGGUUAACUGUUUCUUGUACUGAUGAACUACCUGUCUUAAACCAGUUUAAGACUAAUUUUAAAUGAAAACAGUGCAAGUAGGCCUCCCAUCUGGCUCCACAAAGAUGUCACGCAGCUCAGGUAAAGGAAACACAUUGAAGGUCUCUGUGCCCUCUUCACACUGGCCAGAUCAUCAUGAAUUUAUGGCUGUGCCAAAGACGGAGGUGCUUAACAUUUGAUUUUAUAUAAUGUGCAAAUAAAUAAUAUUGAUGUGACUCUGUAGUACAAAUGAUGGUAAUUCUUCUGUGGCAGUUGGCGAUCAGACUUAUGACCAAGUGAUUCCUGGCAUUUCUUUUACCCCUUGGAAUAAAAUCUUUCAAGUCG